UGACCUCCAGCACUCUGGCUAACAUGAACCUACCUGCGUGUGCCGUGCUGCCGUGUGGAGUACACGGGAACACAUUACGUCACCUGUGUUUGGUUGGUGCCUGUGUGUUGCCAAGGUAACCAACUUGCAGAAAUUGGGGUGUUGUUCGUGUUUCGCCAUCUAACAUCAUGUUUGGGGCAGACUGGCGCGCCAUCUGGCGGAUUUCCACCGGCCAUGACCCUGAGAUCGACUUUGUGGAGCCUUAUGUCGCCUCCCUUAUAUUUUUCGCCAUCAACAUGAUGGCUGGCAUCCUCCUACGAGCACUGUCCUCCGUGUUCCUCCCGCCCUCCAUUCGUGGGUACGCCCUUGAUUUUAUCACAACGAUGGAGGCGUGUGCAUAUUUCUUUGAGAACAACUUCGUCUUAAAGUACUACGGCAGCCUGUGGUUCGCCAUCGCCAUCAUCAUCCAGUGUUUCAUCUGUGCCCGUACCGUGGGCGACUCGAGCGAGAACCCCGUCAAGGCCCUACACCAGCUGGUCGCUAAGGAGAUCUCGGUACAGACCGCUUGCCUGAAGGUCCUCGUGCAGAUGGUUGCUGGACUGGCGUCCUACCGCCUCGCCCAGCUCAUCUGGUCACUUGACCUCAUAUCUGACCAUCACGAGCGCUACUACGAGACGUCGUGCGAGAGUGACCUCCACGUGACGCUGCUGAUGGGGUUCCUGUUGGAGCUGGGGGCUAGCCUGUCCGACACGUGGUUCGGCAUGCAGACCGUCUCGGCCACGCCCCUCCUUGAUGAGCUGCUCAAAUACAUCAACGGUGCCACGAUGAUCACUCUAGGUGUAACAACAACCGGCAUGUACUUCAACCCUGCAAUGGCAAGCGGCCACACCGUAGGGUGCCACGGGACUGCAUUAUGGGAGCACGUGUUUGUUUACUGGGCCGGCCCGUUCAUUGGCUGCUUCGUGGCUCUACAGAUCAACAAACUCUUCCACAUUGACGUCACAGCCUCGGAGACUGACAAGGCGGAGCAGAAAAAACACAAAUAAAUAGCUUGACGUCACGUGACGUCACUCGACGUUACAUAGAUACAAGUAGGAAUCCUCUGAUUAGAAAACAAAAUACUGGUACUAGAUGUAGAUCUGGUUAGAAAAAUAAUGCAUUCGAAGUCGUUUCAAAAGGAAACACAAAAAGUCGAAUUUAGCUAUACAAAUAAUGUAUGUAAAUUUUGCCCUGUAAAAUAACCUGAUUUCAUUCCCUGUGUGUUGUGGUGAAAUUGUUAUGAAUUAUUUUCAUAGAUUUGAA